CUCACCGUUCCAUAAACUUGGCGCCACCUGCCUCUGUUCAUCGAACGCCCACCUCACUUGGAGGCUUCAAUUUUUUGAUUUCACAAACAAAUUGCGUUCUGAUUCUCACAGUAUACAGGAAAACAAGCGCAAUCCAAUUCGUAUUUUCGAAGAAAUUCAUUUCAAUUCAAUCCCAAUCCUCGUUUUCUCCCUUUUUUCUUGUUCUUCGGUUUGGGAUUUUACAUUUAUAUAUGUUGGAAUCAGGAAAUGCUGAGAAUCAUCUCUCAGAUGUUGGUUGUAGUGGUGUUAAUGACGAUGCUGAUGAUGAAGACGAUGAGCGUCGUAAAAGUAUGGCGAAGGCCCAAAUUAUCGCGCCUGAUUUGGGUAAACAGAAGGGUUUUGGAAAGGCGAAACGAGUGAUGUUGUAUCCAUUUCGAAAGGCGAAGAAACAGAUUCUUCGGCGGAGGAUUAAGAGAGAUUCUUCUUCUUGUUCUUCGUCUUCUUCUGUUGAUUGUAAUAGAAGAACAAGUUCUUCCGAUAAAAUGGUUUUUGAUGGAAGCGUUAAUCAGGGCUGUGGUUUCUGUUUCAUGAAACUUUCAAUUUCAGAUCCUAAGAAUGGGCCUCCGACUGAUCCUAAUCACCGGAAGUUCACUAAUCAAAUGUUGAAAGUUCUUAUUGAGAAGAAUGAUUUCUAUUCCAAGGAAUCCAAUCCUCACUUGGAUGUUCAUAUGGGCACUGGACGAAAACAUUAAAUUCAAUUGGGUUUUGCUUGUUGAGAAAGAUCAAGUAUUAUGCACUUGUGUCUCCUAUUUUAUAUGUACGAAAAAUCGAGACUUGUAUUGGACAACUUAGUCUGCUGUUCUUCUUCAUCGCCCCGUUUUAGUUCAUGGAAGUUAAGUUGAUAGUAUGCUAGAAACUUCGCUAGUGAUACUUAUUGUAAUGCCCCAAGCCCACCGCUAGCAGAUAUUUUCUUCUUUGGGUCGAAUGGUUGCAGUGGAACGGUAGCGGCUUGUUUUAGGUGCAGAUUUUGUCCUCUUGAGGGGAAGCCCGAAAAGGAAAGUCCAAAAAGUACAAUAUCUGCUAGCGAUGGACUUGGGCCAUUGUGAUCUUAAACCAACAAAUGAUUUUUUUAAGGGGCUAAGCUGAUGGCAAAUACAUGCCCAUUUUUUCCUCUCCUUUAUGGUUAGUUCACCUUAAGAAUG